AUGAUUAAACGUACAAUGGAAAGGACUGUGACGGAAGAAGAUCUUCACACGGCUGAGCCAGUUAGAACACCAGCUGGUUUGGAAGAUGCCGGAUGUAAAACUGCAUCUUUGCCGGAACCCGUGGAGGCAAAACCUCUGCACCAAGCGGAACUGGAGAAGCACACAGAGCGCGAAAGACAAACAUUAACAGUGGAUGACGAGUGUAGGACUGCUUCCGAGCUCAUGCCGGCUCAGGAUGAUGGAUGCAGAACCGCUUCUGAGCCGACACCAAGGGCGCUUGUUAGUGCACAGAAGCCACAAGAUUAUGCCCCGUCAAGAACAUCGUCUGAAAAAACAACUGAGAUCAUGAUUAAACGUACAAUGGAAAGGACUGUGACGGAAGAAGAUCUUCACACAGCUGAGCCAGUCAGAACACCAGCUGGUUUGGAAGAUGCCGGAUGUAAAACUGCAUCUUUGCCGGAACACAUGGAAACAAGACAACCGCACCAGUCGGAAGUGGAGAAGCACACGAAGCGCGAAAGAGAAGCAGCAACAGUGGUAAGCUCGCUCUAG